GCUUCUCCUUUUGGCUGCUGACGGAGCCGCGGGAAGAUGCCGAGCUGCUGCCGGGCCAGCCAGCCGGGGCACGUUCCGGGAGAACGCCGGGGCACCGAGUGUCUAAGCUGCUUUUCUCCUCCCGUUGCUAGGGAAAUGGUCCAGGAGUGCCGGCUGUGAGCCUCCCCUCUCGUCAAGCCUGAGACUGCGGUUGUCAUUGCUCAAUUGAAGAAGCGGGACCCGAAAUUACAGACAUUAGCAAUGAUGUGUGAAGUGAUGCCCACGAUUAAUGAGGACACCCCAAUGAGCCAAAGGGGUUCCCAAAGCAGUGGCUCGGACUCAGACUCCCAUUUUGAGCAGCUGAUGGUGAACAUGCUGGAUGAAAGGGAUCGUCUUCUGGACACCCUUCGGGAAACCCAAGAAAGCCUCUCACUUGCCCAGCAAAGACUGCAGGAUGUCAUCUAUGACAGAGAUUCACUCCAGAGACAGCUCAAUUCAGCCCUGCCACAGGAUAUCGAAUCCCUAACAGGAGGGCUGACUGGUUCUAAGGGGGCUGAUCCACCGGAAUUUGCUGCUCUGACGAAAGAAUUAAAUGCUUGCAGGGAACAACUUUUAGAAAAGGAAGAAGAAAUUUCUGAACUUAAAGCUGAAAGAAACAACACAAGACUAUUACUGGAGCAUUUGGAGUGCCUUGUGUCACGACAUGAAAGGUCACUAAGAAUGACGGUGGUGAAGCGACAAGCCCAGUCACCCUCGGGAGUGUCCAGCGAAGUUGAGGUUCUCAAGGCGCUGAAAUCUUUAUUUGAGCACCACAAGGCCUUGGAUGAAAAGGUAAGGGAGCGACUGAGGGUUUCUUUAGAAAGAGUCUCUGCACUGGAAGAAGAACUAGCUGCUGCUAAUCAGGAGAUUGUUGCCUUGCGUGAACAAAAUGUUCAUAUACAAAGAAAAAUGGUAUCAAGUGAGGGAUCCACAGAAUCUGAACAUCUUGAAGGGAUGGAACCUGGCCAGAAAGUCCAUGAAAAGCGAUUGUCCAAUGGUUCUAUAGACUCAACUGAUGAAACAAGUCAAAUAGUUGAACUACAAGAAUUGCUUGAAAAACAAAACUAUGAAAUGGCCCAAAUGAAAGAACGUUUAGCAGCCCUUUCUUCCCGAGUGGGAGAGGUGGAACAGGAAGCUGAGACAGCAAGAAAGGACCUCAUUAAAACAGAAGAAAUGAACACUAAGUAUCAAAGGGACAUUAGAGAAGCUAUGGCACAGAAGGAAGACAUGGAAGAAAGAAUCACGACCCUUGAGAAGCGGUACCUCAGUGCUCAGAGAGAAUCUACCUCCAUCCACGACAUGAACGACAAGCUGGAAAAUGAGCUAGCGAAUAAAGAGGCCAUCCUACGGCAGAUGGAAGAGAAGAAUAGACAGUUACAAGAGCGUCUCGAGCUGGCUGAGCAAAAGUUGCAGCAAACUAUGAGAAAAGCUGAGACCUUACCUGAAGUAGAGGCUGAAUUGGCUCAGAGAAUCGCAGCCUUGACAAAGGCUGAAGAAAGACACGGAAAUAUUGAAGAACGGAUGAGGCAUCUCGAAGGUCAACUCGAAGAGAAAAAUCAAGAGCUUCAAAGAGCUAGGCAAAGAGAGAAAAUGAAUGAGGAGCACAACAAAAGAUUAUCUGAUACUGUGGACAGACUUCUGACAGAAUCCAAUGAGCGCUUACAGCUACAUUUAAAGGAACGGAUGGCUGCUCUAGAAGAGAAGAAUGUUUUAAUUCAAGAAUCAGAAACUUUCAGAAAGAAUCUGGAAGAAUCUUUACAUGAUAAGGAAAGGUUAGCAGAAGAAAUUGAAAAGCUGAGAUCUGAACUUGACCAAUUGAAAAUGAGAACUGGCUCUUUAAUUGAACCCACAAUGUCAAGAACUCAUCUAGACACCUCCGCCGAGCUGCGGUAUUCUGUUGGAUCCCUAGUGGACAGCCAGUCUGAUUACAGAACAACUAAAGUAAUAAGAAGACCAAGGAGAGGCCGCAUGGGUGUGAGGAGAGAUGAGACAAAGGUGAAAUCUCUUGGAGAUCAUGAGUGGAAUAGAACUCAACAAAUCGGAGUGCUAAGCAGCCACCCUUUUGAAAGUGAUACAGAGAUGUCUGACAUUGAUGAUGAUGACAGAGAAACGAUCUUCAGCUCAAUGGACCUUCUCUCUCCAAGCGGUCAUUCUGAUGCCCAGACACUGGCCAUGAUGCUUCAGGAACAACUCGAUGCAAUCAACAAGGAAAUCAGACUAAUUCAAGAAGAAAAAGAAUCCACAGAGUUACGUGCUGAAGAAAUUGAGAACAGAGUGGCUAGUGUGAGUCUGGAAGGCCUGAAUCUAGCCCGGGUCCACCCAGGUACCUCCAUCACUGCCUCGGUCACAGCGUCUUCGCUGGCCAGCUCGUCUCCCCCUAGUGGACACUCAACACCAAAGCUCACACCUCGAAGUCCUGCCAGGGAAAUGGAUCGUAUGGGAGUCAUGACACUGCCAAGUGAUCUAAGGAAACAUCGGAGAAAGAUUGCGGUGGUAGAAGAAGAUGGUCGGGAGGAUAAAGCAACAAUUAAAUGUGAAACUUCUCCUCCCCCUACCCCUAGAGCCAUCAGGAUGACUCACACCCUCCCUUCUUCCUACCAUAAUGAUGCCCGAAGUAGUUUAUCUGUCUCCCUCGAGCCUGAAAGCCUUGGGCUUGGCAGUGCCAACAGCAGCCAAGACUCUCUUCACAAAGCCCCCAAGAAGAAAGGAAUCAAGUCUUCAAUAGGACGUUUGUUUGGUAAAAAAGAAAAAGCUCGUCUUGGGCAACUCCGAGGCUUUAUGGAGACCGAAGCGGCAACCCAGGAGUCCCUGGGGUUGGGCAAACUGGGAACUCAAGCUGAGAAGGAUAGAAGACUGAAGAAAAACACAUCAGGGCAUGAACUUCUAGAAGAAGCUCGGAGAAAGGGAUUACCUUUUGCCCAAUGGGAUGGGCCCACUGUAGUCGCAUGGCUAGAGCUCUGGUUGGGAAUGCCUGCUUGGUACGUGGCAGCCUGCAGAGCCAAUGUGAAGAGCGGUGCCAUUAUGUCUGCUUUAUCGGACACUGAGAUCCAGAGAGAAAUUGGAAUCAGCAACCCUCUGCAUCGCUUAAAGCUCCGAUUAGCAAUCCAGGAGAUGGUUUCCCUAACCAGUCCUUCAGCUCCUCCAACAUCCAGAACUCCUUCAGGCAACGUUUGGGUGACCCAUGAAGAAAUGGAAAAUCUUGCAGCUCCAGCAAAAACGAAAGAAUCUGAGGAAGGAAGCUGGGCCCAGUGUCCGGUUUUUCUACAGACCCUGGCAUAUGGAGAUAUGAACCAUGAGUGGAUUGGAAACGAAUGGCUUCCCAGCCUGGGAUUACCUCAGUACAGAAGUUAUUUUAUGGAAUGCUUGGUAGAUGCAAGAAUGCUAGAUCACCUAACAAAAAAAGAUCUCCGCGUCCAUUUAAAAAUGGUGGAUAGUUUCCAUCGAACAAGUUUACAAUAUGGAAUUAUGUGCUUAAAAAGGUUGAAUUAUGACAGAAAAGAACUAGAAAGAAGACGAGAAGCAAGCCAACAUGAAAUAAAAGAUGUGUUGGUGUGGAGCAAUGAUCGUGUUAUUCGCUGGAUACAAGCAAUUGGACUUCGAGAAUAUGCAAAUAAUAUUCUUGAAAGCGGUGUGCACGGCUCCCUUAUAGCCCUGGAUGAGAACUUUGACUACAGCAGCUUAGCUUUAUUGCUACAGAUUCCAACACAGAACACCCAGGCAAGGCAGAUUCUUGAAAGGGAAUACAAUAACCUCCUGGCUCUGGGAACCGAACGGCGCCUGGAUGAAAGUGAGGACAAGAAUUUCAGGCGUGGGUCAACCUGGAGAAGGCAGUUUCCUCCCCGUGAAGUACAUGGAAUCAGCAUGAUGCCCGGGUCCUCAGAAACACUGCCGGCUGGAUUCAGGUUAACUACAACAUCUGGGCAGUCGAGGAAAAUGACAACAGAUGCUGCUUCAUCAAGACUGCAGAGGUUAGACAGCUCCACUGUUCGCACAUACUCAUGUUGACCAGCCACUCAAAGGAGGCAGCACUGACUUGCUGACAAAAGUGGGCAAGAUGCAUGGAAGUGCACCAAGAAUAGCAGAGGGAGCUUUUCCAGUCUGGAAUCUUUCAGUAAAUUAAUGUCCAUUACACAUUUUAGAUGCCGUCUUUUCAGUCUACUCUGCCUAAAGUGCACUACCAUCUACGAAGACAGCAGUGAAAACCUUUGUGAAGACUGAAUUCUAAGGAAAUAACCACAAGUAAUGGUUCAUUCACUGAAAAUGUGAUUUUGGGGGGAGUCAGAUAUUAAGUUUGAUUAGUUUACUACAACUGUAAGAAAAUACUUAAGUCAUUUGAAUAAUAAGCAUCAUCCACAUCAUAAAUUCUGUACAACAGAUGCUUUUAUGAAAUGGAGCCACUUGUUUUUCCAUGUUUUAUUGUAAUAUACUAGGCCUUUAUGUAUUACUGUGUAUGUAUUUCUUUUUAAAUGUGUAAGUCUUAUGUAAAUGGAUAUAAAUAUGAUUUUUUAAAAAAUAAAAUAUAUGGUUCAUGGAGUCUUGAGUGCAAACAUUUGACAAUUCCAAAUACUGUUUGUAUUUUACCAUUCCACCAUUUUUACAGUUUUUGAAUUGUAACAGUCAAAUCGGUAUGUUUCCUGGAAGCACGCUUCAUGCUUCCACAUGGUUCUCCUUCAAGUCUGUCAAUCCUUAAAGCUGAAAACCUGCCUCUGAUCAUGUAAAAAAGAAUGAUUUAACCUGGAACUGGAGCCAAAAAUAGACCUUUAAAGGCAAUCAGGGAUGUCCUAUAUCUUUAGAAAUAGCACUGUGAUGGCUUGAUCUCCUUUUCAAUACAAAACAAAGCCAAACUGUUUACAAGAAUCAAAGCAAUUAUUUUUAAAAAAAUUUAUAAAGAAAAAACAUUAUCUUCUCUUGUUACCUGUGGACUAAGGAACAAAAAUAAAUA